AUGGGAGGCUACUGCUCCAACCUGGAUGAUAUACUGGAGGAGGACAUGCACCACUGGUACACCAAGUUCAUGAGGGAGUCGCCCUCGGGGCUCAUCACCCUCUUCGAGCUCAAGACGAUGCUCGAGAUGAACGGGAUGACGGAGGAGGCCAGCAGCUACGUGGACCAGGUCUUCUUCACCUUCGACAUGGACGGGGACGGCUACAUUGACUUUGUCGAGUACAUCGCAGCCAUCAGCUUGUUACUGAAGGGAGAAAUCAACCAGAAGCUGAAGUGGUACUUCAAGCUGUUUGAUCAAGAUGGAAACGGGAAGAUUGACAAGGACGAAAUGGAGACGAUAUUCAAGGCAAUUCAAGACAUCACCCGGAGCUACGACAUCCCCCCGGAGGAGAUCGUGACGCUCAUAUACGAGAAGAUCGACGUCAAUGGAGAAGGUGAGCUGACUCUGGAGGAGUUCAUCAGCGGAGCGAAGGAGCACCCCGACAUCAUGGACAUGCUCAGCAAGAUGAUGGAUCUCACCAACGUCCUGGAGAUCAUCAUCAACGGUCAGCAGAAGAAAGCUGAGAACUGA